AUGGCGACAAUGAGAGUCUCUUCCACAAGCAUGACCAAACCCGUUCUUAGAAGCCAGUCUACGAACAAGCUCAUCACCAACAAGAGCCAACAACUCUCCAUCGGAUCAACCAAUAAAGUCGCGAGAUCAUUCGGUUUGAAAUGCUCAGCGAACUCUGGCGCCACGAUGUCAGCUGUGUACAAGGUCAAGCUCAUUGGACCCGAAGGUCAAGAAAACGAGUUCGAGGUCCAAGACGGCCAAUACAUAUUGGACGCAGCUGAAGAAGCAGGAGUCGAUGUUCCUUACUCUUGCAGAGCUGGUGCGUGUUCGACUUGCGCGGGUAAGAUCGAGAAAGGCGAAGUUGACCAGAGCGACGGUUCGUUUCUCGACGAUGACCAGAUGGAGGCUGGCUAUGUCUUGACCUGUGUGGCUUACGCGCAGGCUGACUGUGUGAUUCAUACCCACAAGGAAGAAGAUCUCUUCUAA